GUGGUAGUGGGAGGGUGUGUCGCUCCUCCCCUGCCUCUUAUCACCAGCCGGGCUACCCCUCCACACACAUUCGCACUCUUCCUCGCUACUCCUCAAGGACUCGCCACGCUACUCCUCGAGGACUUUUCCCACUCGAUGCUGACACUUGUACGGCCGUUUCUUCAGUAUAUAAUAAACGCUUUAGUGGGCCUCAGUAUCGCACUUUCGUCUGGGGAAUCUAACCUUUGGCUUCACACAGAAAUUGUUCGCGUCGAUUUUUCCCCUCAAGUUCGACUUUGUGGAAGUUCGCUGACGCUCAAGUUGGAGGAAUCAGCCGCGCUUAAGUUGGAACUUGAUGAGUGAGUGGCGCUUGAGGUGAGACUUGACGAGGGAGUAGAGCUUUCGAGGUGGAAGUUGACGAGUGAGAGGAGCUUGAGGUGGAACUUGACGAAUGGCGCUUGAGGUGGGACUUAAUGAGUGGGCGGCGCUCGAGGUGCAACUUUGACGACGAGUGAGUAACGCUUGAGGUGGGACUUGUUGACAAGUGCAGGGAUUGUGGGUAUUGAGUGAGUGAGUGAGUGAGAGAUCUGGCCGAGCCGCCCACGACGCACUCUUAAAAACACCUACCUGCUCGGCACGCACUCAAUGACCAUCUAAUUAAGCAAUUAACUACCGCGGGACGACCAGAGCCGCCCCCGCCCCCAACAGCCUCGUUGAGGAGCACCGCCCAGAAGCCCAGAUACGACGGAUCAAGCUGGCGAUGACAGGCAUUCUUGAAAAUUUGCUCCAUCACAUAAUAAAUGGCGGACGUGUUCCAGUCAAUUAGUGAAAUUCAAGAGAAUAUUGCUAUCACUUAGAAAGCGAUGAAAAAUCCCCUUCGCAUGAAAUGAAAUAAAUGAACUAGUUAAUUACGCGGAUUACUGCAAUUCAGGAGAUAAUAUAAUGUCAGCGGGUUUAGUGGAGCAGGACAGCGAGGAACAGCGGCGCGACCGCUCUCCGCGACGCACGAUGGUGGCGGCCUGGUGUGGCAGCGGAGGCCGCGCUCAGUCACACUCUACCUUGCUGGCCUGGACGCACCUAAUAACAUCUGCUCUCGUACUUCUCUUGUUCUUCUCUUGCCCAGUACACACUCAAACAGGUUACGUUGACAGCCUGUCAGACGACCUUCCUGAUUACAACUUCAGCAGAUGUGUGAACGGGUACGCGGGUGAAGAAGUUCCGUGCAUAUGUUACCCGUGCUGGGGAGGAUCCUUCUGUCAGCGUUACGAAGACAACUACGCCCCUCGCUUCCUCGUCCACGGAGCCACGGCUGUCGUGCCUGAGAAUAUUACAGGGCCGGUGUACAGGGCGUGGGCCACCGAUGGGGACCUGGGGUUGACGUGUCCUCUGGGCACCGAGGGCCCUGGCAGGUGCCCCUGUGCCUCCGUCACCUACCAGCUCUUCGCGGCCCCUGGCGACCACCGCUUCGGCCUGCACCAGGACACUGGAGUCCUCUCCAGGAACACCAGCGGCGCGUCACUCCUGCCGGGGCAGACCUACGCCUACAAGCUCAUGGUGCAGAGUCUUCCGAAGAGGGAGAGAGUACAGGACCUGCAGUACGACAUCCUUGAUCUGAAGAUCUACAUCAGCCCCGACUACGUCAAGAUCAUCCCAUGGACCUGACCCGAGUCCCAGGGCGAGGAGAGCGCCCUCGCCCGCCACGGUCUCCUCUGAGGUCGCUGCUGGUGUCUGGAAGGCCCGUCUUGGCGGUGGAGCUGGAAGCCUUGUGUGAGACCCAUCUCCUUACCUACGGACUUACUUAAGGACAUGACGCAGUUUCUUGUAAGUCGUCCUCGGUGGUGUGGGUGGAGUGUGAGGAGGAGAAAUGGUCUCGCCCUUCACAACGCCAUCCGAGGACGCGGCUGUAGGCUGUCAACGUGGGUACAAAUAGAGGGUGAGCGGGAUUCAUCCUCAGAUAGUACCUCACUGCCGAUAUUUUUUGUGAAGGAUCAGAAGACAACAGCGGUCCUCCUCGGCAUUAUAACCUUUUAGUAUAAAUAUUUCAACAGUGUUCGAAAACAACAAAAUAAAGAGUUUUUAAAGGCAGAAACUAGAGGAACAAAUUGGUAGCCUUGACUUAGUUUAGAGAGUAUUUUUGACCCUUCUUGUUUCCAUAGAGCCUUAGGUGUCUUGAAGGUCACCUGUCUCCCCUAGCAACCAGGAGCACAGGUUGAGAGACACAGUCAGCCAGACAUCUGUAAAUGUAAUCUUAGUGUAUGAGCGUAAGUGUCGUAAUACGUCAUCCUGAGAACACCUCAGUAGCUUCUGUGUAAUACCAACAUCUUGAACAGUGUACCUGUAUUCUCAGUGUUGCCCUACCUCGUCUUCCUCUUUGUUUUCAUUCUCCUCUUAUCUGUGCUUCUCAUCAUCCACUUCAUCUCUCCUCUCCUCCUCCUCCUCCUCCUCCUCCUCCUUCUCACCACCUUCUUCCUCGUCUUCGUGAUCACAAUACAACAACCCCAGCGUGAGCAGAUGCUCUCCCUGAACUUGGAAGCAGCCAGACCUAUGAACGUGUAAACAUUACGCCCAGGUGUUAACGAGGCUGGCAAGCUCCUUCUGGCGCCCACCUUUGUGUACACUUCUCAGCUCUUGAACAACAUAUGCUAUUUGGCUUCCUGAACAUCACCAUGAGGCCAACUAAGGCCUCAAGCUUCAGCGAAUAAAAGAACAUGUAUAACUUUGUGCAAGAAAUGAGCGAUUCUUGGACCGAUUUUCUAUGCCAGAAAAGUUCAACUGUAAAGACUGUAGAAAAUCUCUAGGCAGAGUAGAAAACGACAUCAGCACCUCUAGUCAAAAGACCAAUCCACCUCACAACACUGACACCUGGUGCAAGAAACGGGAGAGUUGAGUGAGUCGAGUCUCAAGCAUAUAUGGCCUCUAACCUUGCAAAGACAAACAAAUAUAUAGACGGGUAGACAGACACAUUCUUUCUCUUACAUAUAUAUAUAUAUAU